UACCAACUUCAUUGACUAUCUGGCAACAUCGCGAGUGUUGUUUGUUUUGAAGCUUCUUUGGUCACACUAAGUCUUUGGCAUUGCUUUUUUUUUUUUUUUUUGCACGCGUGGUAUUGCUGUGUAUUUUUUUUUUUUUGCUAUUUUAAAAUGGAUUUUGACAGCAAAUACUGCAAGAGUCAAGUAAAUGGCACUAUUUCCAUAGUUACGCGCAAAGUCCUUGAUGAAAAUCUGAAAUCCUUAUUGGAGGAGGGAGAGGGUGAGCUGUUCCUUACGUGCAUACCUAGGGAUAAAAGUUGUUCUCCGGAAUGGAUUGUUGAAGUGGCCAGCGAACUGGGUGAAGUUUACAUUCUGCGCUAUAAGAUCGAUUUUUCGGGAAAUUCUCGCGGCUACGCCUACUUGCAGUAUAUCAAUGUAAACCUCAAGGAAUCGGCAAUGGAAUAUCUGCCAAUGCGAUUCCGACAGCUUUGCCUGCCCUUAAGGGUGGAGCCAUCGACCAACAACCGCGAGCUGGUGCUCAAAAAUGUGGAAUCGUCGCUUCGACCAUGGCAGGUGUACCAGGAGAUGUUGAAGAUACAUCCCUUCACCAUCCUUCGAGUCUACGAGUAUCAAUUUGACAAGUUCUUCUAUAUAUUUGGGUACCGCAACAACGACUCGGCCGCAAGUGCCCAUCAGAGAGUAAAGAAUGUGAUCAAAAAGUUCGGGGCGCAUGCGCACAUCUCCUGGUUGACUGCGGAGAGCAUCUUGAAGAAAGGCAGCAAUAGCUCAUGUUUCCAACAGGAACUGAGCCACAAUCUUACUCGACGCGUCCAUCCCAGGCAAAGGGGCUGUUUCAAGUUUUGAACGGAAGUGGUAGAAUUAUCAAGUAUGUGACUUUAUUGGUUGAUUCAACCAAAUCUAUAAGGCUCUAAGUUUUCUGCUUGUACUACGAGUAAGUAAGACGAAAAUGCAUAAAAUACUUUUGAUUAUAUUUUUUCUAUUGUUAAAUAAGUUUUUAAGUAAAAUAAGAGUACUCUUAAAUAAGUCAACCAUUUAUAUAUGAAUGCAGAUGUUUAUCGAUUGAGGUGUGCAAGUUUUUGUAAUAUGUGGAAUUUGACAACAAGAAUAUAAGCGUUUUGCGAAGUUGAUCUUUGAUUUCUUAAUGAAAUUUGAUACUAUACCUGAAAGACGAUCAACUUGCUUUGGAAGCUAACCAAGCAGAUUUUGAGAUCCCUGUGACUCUCUGGGCAGUAAAUUAUGUUGCUGCCCAUGCGAAUGAAACAUGAACUUUCACCAGUUGUUAGGACAGAGUGAAAUUAUACAGCACAGGAUUGUUCCUGGCAAAUCCUUUUGGCCCGCAGCUCCUCAGUCUGACGAAAUGCAGCCGCAGCUUGUUGACUUCAUUAACUCUGGGCAAACUGCGAGCAACCAUAAAAAUAUGAAAAAAACAACAACGACAGCGCAGCGAAGCUGCAGUUUUUCACAUGCAAAUUAAUGCAGUGUCUUUGGAGUGGCGGAGUGGCAGCCAGGACUUUCAGGGCAAUGCGACAACCUGCGGCAUAAUGCAAUUAAAUGAGUGCAGCGAGCAGGAGUCGACGCUAGCCUCCGGCUGGCAUUGUGUUGGACACGGUGUCUGGGUACUGGGUCUGACUCCAGAUUACGGGUUUCCAAAGUGCAAUGAUCGACGGACAGGAGAGGAGGGAGCGCAACUCACCCGUCAGGCGAAGUAUGCAAAGGAUGCACAGGACGCGAGGUGCGAGGGACAUGUCCGCUGCGCAUUCUAAUGCGAUUGCCGCACUUGACGGGAUGUCGUGGCAGGCGGAAACGGAUGUUGUUGUCCUGCUCAGGCCUACACGGUUGCAAUUAAAUUAGAGCCUCAAAUCGAAAUGCAGCCGUAACAUGAUGAUGCAAAAAUAAGAAGCGACUGGCAUAUUCUGGAAGCCUCAUAAAUAUUCAUUAAAUUAAGCUUAAGUCGAGACAUCCUCUCGAGGCAUUCAGGGAAAAACAAGACGAGCUGAAUGUUUUCUAAAAUCAUUUGCAUUAAUUUGUUAAUUCAAGCGCGACAGCCACUCCCCUGUUCACUCACUUAAAGCCCAUUAUAAUUUCAAAGCGAUGCGAGGGAUUGUGCGAGUUAACCCAUUGGCAAUCCCCGGCGCAAAGCACUCCUUCGCUUGCCGUCGAAGGGUUAAAGCCAUGAAGCCGCAUCUGUGACGCAAUUACAAAGGCUCGAAGCUUGCUUCUAAUUUUGCUCUACUUGCCAUCAUGCAGUCAUCCGUUUUUCAACUUACAGAUGGGAGCCAAACAAUAGUUUCCAUAGAUAAGGAGUCUUAAAUACACAUUUCCUUUACUUCUUAUAUCCUUAAAAAUAUGCGAAACCAAAGAAACAACAAAGUUAAGUUAAAAUACGUUUUAUUUUAUCAGAAUAGUGAAGAUCUUGUUAACCGUAAGAAUUGUACUUCAGACGCUAGAAAAACGGAGAUAUAAAAUAUAUAUAUUACAUGAUA